GCGCAAUUUCGUGAGUCCUUGGAUGAUACGUCUGCUGUAGGUUACGCAGCCUGUAAAGGGACACAUACAAAAUGCAGAGCUGGAAUCAAGUAUAUCGCACUCUGGCAACACGGAGCCACCAACUCCCGAAUCGGCUCCAGGGUGCAACUGUUCUCUCCGUCCGAACAUACGCUGACAAAGCACAGAUUGAUGCUGACGUCACAGUGGUGGGAUCUGGUCCUGGUGGAUAUGUUGCUGCAAUCAAAGCAGCGCAGCUUGGUUUCAAGACGGUGUGUGUGGAAAAGAAUCCCACCCUAGGCGGGACUUGUUUGAAUGUCGGCUGUAUCCCCUCAAAGGCCCUGCUGAACAACUCAUAUCUGUACCACCAGGCCCAUGGCAAAGACUUCGAAAGCAGGGGCAUUGAAAUCUCAGGGAUUACAUUGAACCUGGAGAAGAUGAUGUCACAGAAGAGCGGUGCGGUCAAAGCACUGACAGGAGGCAUUGCACAUUUAUUCAAACAGAACAAGGUGACGCACGUGAACGGCUAUGGGAGGAUUACAGGCAAGAACCAGGUGACGGCCACGGCCGAGGACGGUAGUGAGCAGGUCAUCAACAGCAAUAAUAUCCUCAUAGCCACCGGCUCCGAGGUCACACCCUUCCCCGGGAUUGAGGUUGAUGAGGACACCGUGGUGUCCUCCACGGGAGCCCUGGAUCUGAAGAAGGUUCCUGAGCAGCUCAUCGUCAUCGGCGCCGGAGUCAUCGGGGUGGAGCUGGGGUCAGUGUGGCAGCGUCUGGGCUCCAAUGUGACAGCGGUGGAGUUCCUGGGCCACGUGGGCGGCAUGGGCAUCGACAUGGAGAUCUCCAAGAACUUCCAGCGCAUCCUGCAGAAGCAGGGUAUUAAGUUCAAGCUGGGCACUAAGGUCAUGGGUGCAAUCAAGAGGCCCGACGGCAAGAUCGAUGUGGCUGUGGAGGCGGCUGCCGGCGGGAAGAACGAGACUCUGACGUGUGACGUGCUGCUGGUGUGUAUCGGCAGACGGCCCUUCACCAGGAACCUGGGCCUGGAGAACGUGGGCCUGGAGCUGGACAACAGGGGACGCAUACCGGUCAACAACCGCUUCCAGACUAAAGUACCCAGUAUCUAUGCCAUUGGUGAUGUGAUUGCCGGGCCCAUGCUGGCACACAAGGCGGAGGACGAGGGCAUCAUCUGCGUGGAGGGCAUGGCUGGGGGCGGCGUGCACAUCGACUACAACUGUGUCCCCUCUGUUGUCUACACACACCCCGAGGUGGCAUGGGUGGGGAAGACGGAGGAGCAGCUCAAAGAGGAGGGAAUCCCAUACAAGGUGGGCAAGUUCCCAUUUGCCGCCAACAGUCGAGCCAAGACCAACGCAGACACUGAUGGCCUGGUGAAGAUCCUCGGCCACAAGGAGACAGACCGGAUAUUGGGCGCUCACAUCCUGGGCUGUGGGGCUGGAGAGAUUAUCAACGAGGCGACGCUCGCCAUGGAGUACGGCGCGUCCUGCGAGGAUGUCGCCAGAGUUUGCCACGCCCAUCCCACUGUGUCCGAGGCCUUCAGAGAAGCAAACCUCGCAGCCUCCUUCGGGAAAGCUAUCAACUUUUAACUGCCCCUCUUCGCUCACACAGCUGUGUACAUAACCGUUCUGUCCACGACGUCCCCAAACCAGAAAUCUGUCCACAAGCAACGCACACACUCUAGGAGGGGGACACGGAAUGUACCGUGACCCCUCAACUCCAAUUAAGGGACUCCUCUGUAUACAUACAUAGAAAACAAAGACACACCGUGUAUCACAUUAAGUAUGUAAUUUAAAUGUUGUCAAUAAAGGGGUUUGGGUGGUAAAAACGGA